AUGUUGAUAUGUCAAAGCUUUUCUUUACCUGUAAAUCCGAGGGUUUGUUCCAAAAUUUCCAUUGAGAGUGCAAUGAGGUUAUUACCUGUUCUUAUUGUGGCAUUAUGCCUUUUGAUUUUUGCAAGUAUUGGGUCUGAUGCAGUGCGAAAGACAGCAUUUCUAUUUCCUAUUGAUGAAGCCAAUAAGAAGAAAAGUUCAUCAAAUGUCUCGUCAUCAUCAUCAUCAUCACUUGAAGUUGUCAACAACUUGUUCUCUAAAUCCAGCAAGAACAAGAAUAUUUCUUUGGAUGAAAUGAGAGUUGUUCCUACAGGUCCAAAUCCUUUACACAACAGGUAG